AUGAAACCCUAUAGUAUAAAGCGGACGUAUGAGUGCCUGUAUACGCACCAGAAAACACAGAAGAGUAAAAAAUGGCAAGAGGGGUACUGCGAAAUUAUAGCAAGCUAUGGGGUCAUCAAAAUGAACCUCCUGAACCAAAAUAGAAGUUGCAUUGAGACCUCACUGAGUUGUGAAGCAGCAUUCAACAACAUAGAAGAGGAGAUAGAACUCCCCAAGCAUUUGAUUCAGUUCGUGGACAUGACCAAUUAUGACGAGGAUAUCAUUACAAAUGAAACCAGCAAAAAAAGAAGACAUUUAUCUAGCACACGAAAUGAAGAAUCUGUACAUGCAAAUAAAAAUAAAAAAAUCACAGCACACUCGGGGAUAAAAAAUUCAAGAGAAUCCAUAGGGUGGGAGGCACCCACAGUGGACAAUCAAACCGAUUCUACCUCAUUGACUGUUCGCACCACAGAUAGGUAUAUGUGUACUAAUAGGGACUUUGAAAGGCCAAGGCGGAUAGGAAAACACGUGCAUGUGGACAAGGACGAAGACUUACAUGGUGAAGCGACACAACAUGUGGACGCAGACAAUUCUGUGGCUGACUCAUCAGAAGGAGAAUACCAAGACAGGGGGAAAAAAAAAAAAAAUUCAAUGCAUACAAUCGCAUCACGCAAUGUGUCCAACACGAGUGAGGACAAAGAACGAAUCAGUGUAACCUACACAAACAUACGUACCUUUAACACAAAUAAAAAAAAUGUCAAGUGGUAUGAUGGGUUCCUCGUGAAGAAAAACGAUCUCCUAGAGCUUUAUAAUGACUCAGGGGGAAGGCUAUACGUUCGCAGUACUGAUGAAAAUAUGCAACAACAGGAGUAUGUUCAGUUCGGGGGUUACAUCGUGUACAAUGAUUUCUCUGUCCACCUUGCGCAGCAUCAACAAGUAAAUGCUGGGACGAAUGUCGGAAGAACUAGUGACAUGUUAAAAGGUGCUAGCCUCGUGCAUGGGGCGAGGAUACCUGCACAGUUACAUCAGAUGCCAGGGAGGAAGGGCGACUCGGAGGGGGAUACUAACGCUGAUGAGGAGGAAGAGACAAAUGAGGAGGCGGAUCCUGGUUCAGAUAAUAAUUAUCGUGUCGACUCCACCGCGUCCAUAAAGCGACGGGCGAAUCAAAACCCCGACGCAGAGGCAGUAAGUCUGUUCAACAAACAUACAGAAGGGAACGAGUGGCCCUCUUGUCCUUCUGAAGCGAACCGCAGCCACAUGGAUACUUCACCAAUAACAAAGGAGCAACUUAGGACGGAUGACCACGGCGGGGACAGUGACUCUAUUGGGGAAGGGUGUUGUCAGGACCGUCAAGUGCACCACCAUCGGGGUCGUUGUGAAGCGGGUCGUUGUCAAGCGGGUGGUGAUGAACCGGGUGAUGAUCAACCGGGUGGGCGACGCCGAUGGAAACGGGUGGAGGUCCCCCUGUACAAAAACCCAAAGGGGCGUAGCGCCGCAUAUGUGUGCUCCUCUUGCAGACACAAAAUCAACACAUACGAGGAGAUCAUUAAUAUAGCUAAAGUGGUUAGUGAGAAUAAUUUUGCGUGGGUGAAUCCACGACGAAAUGUUAUAAGACUUACACUGGGUAUCAAAUUGCUCAGCAGGCGUGUUAGGAAGGGACUGCCCCCGCGACCGCCUCCGAGUGGUGGGAACAGCGGUCACCACAGAGAUUGUGAUAGAAGGCCCUUCUGGGGGGACAGAAAUGGUGAGACGCAACCCUUCUCGAGUGACAGAAACGGUCAGAUGAGGCCCACCUGGGGCGACAGAUACGGGGACAAGCAACAACCCUACGGUCAUGACAGAGUGCGUGACAAGCAAACGUACCGCCAUGACAGGGUGGGUGAAGACAGCGCCCAUGACAGAGAUGGUGACAAGCGACCGUACGGCAGCUCCACCGAGGCGAACUCGAAUGGGGAAGAACCUGGGGAGGCAGCCACGUCGGAGGUGGAGUGGGACGCAAAAAAUCAGCAGCACGUUGAGAUGAUCCGUGAUGUAAGCUUCGAGACGAAUUACCAGGAGGAGAUACACAAAGUAGAAUCAUCCGCCACCAUAGAAGGUCCCCACCUGAACCCGUAUGAAAUAAAAAGUCUGAAGAAUUUUGCCUGCACGAAUAGCGGGUUCAAUGCAUCCCAGGUUGAUCAAGUCUGCAGACAAAAUUUAUUCCUACCCAUGCAUAUAAGCAUUUUAAAAGAAAAAGACGAUAUGAAGAAAAAAGUAAAAAGUAUAAAAUUUCAGAGUAUCCCCAAUUUCUUUAUUAACAAGUUAGAAUAUAUUCAGUCCUUUAUGAACGCUACCCUUUUUCAUAUAUACUAUCAAGUCCAAUGUAAGUUACUCUGUCUCCACGAUUACUUGGUACCCUUGUUAGAUGAGAUGAGGGGGGACUAUGUUAGGGUUGGCAGAUCCCUACGACACAGCAGCAUGCUAGAGAUGGUGAACUACAUGAAAGGGCAUUUUGUUGAUUCAAGAAGUGAUGAAGAUUUGCCCACUGUAAGUCGUCACCUACAAACUAAUCACCCCAAUGAGGAAGGGAACAAAAAGAAGAAAAAGUACCACCUCGACGAUGAUUAUACCUUGGUGAUUCGAAACAUUGAAGUGUUAUGUAGCUCAGAGGAAGAAACGACUAAUAUGUUUGGUGAUAAUAAAAACCAGGACCGAGUUUCACAUUGUUUUGUGAGUGAGUCGGAUACCAAACCGAAGAGAUUUUUUAUUAGAAGAACUGAAAAAGAUGUCUUACUGGUAAAUAAAAAAAAAACAAAUAAACUUACAAAAGAAGAAGAUAUAAAUAAAUAUGUGCACAUGAAUCAUCUAAUCGUUAUGAGUAGAGGGAUGUCGUCCUCCCCAUCUCCUUCCCCCGCCUGGGUGAAAGAUCAACAUUUACUUCUUUUUGUCGCCAAAUGGAGUAAUUUUAAGCAGAACUACCUCGAGAUAUACCCCCUAAACGUUAAUACCUUUUCCUACAUGAAUGAAGCAUUCCAUGCCGUGCAAAGUGUAAAGUCAAAGGAGUUUUUAUACUUCCUCAAGAGUUACAAAGUGAAGUCUUUUUCUUCUUGUCUCUUUCUGGUCAAUUUAGGGGAUCACCUAGAUAAUUUAAAACACCUUUUUUUUUUCCACCAAAAUUUAGAAAAAGGAAUGGUUCCACUCAGUAAAUUAUUCAGCCCUCCUUAUGUGAACAAAAGUGACACACUACAGGUUGAUGGGUUGCUCCAGCAGAUCGGCAUCAGGACGUCUGCAUGGGGUUCUUCUUCCGACCUCAUCGACCUGCACAAUGUCGGGGUCGAUUACAUGGAUGACCUUCUUAGCAGACUCCGUAACGACCGACAACUGAACCAGAGGCAGAAGUGGGUCAUCGAGUGCAUCUUGGCCUGGUUCCGAUGCGGCACGGAGAAGAAGUGUGACCAGAGCGAGACCACCUCCUCGGCUGGAGAACCGAGCGAAGACGAGCUGCCGCCACCGACGUGCGACGACACACGCACGGCCACCCACCGCGGAGACAGCAUCCUCGUCAAUGGUAUAUUCGGGUCGGGAAAAAGCACCCUCAUCUGCAACGCCAUAUGGUACCUUGACCAAGUGCUAACCCAUGAAGAGAAAGCAGCAAAGGCGGCAAAAGCUAAAAGAGGCCAGACAAUUGAUCAGGGAAUAGAGGAAAGAAGCGGCCACAAUGGUGCAAGUGACGGAAGCGACGGAGAUGAGGAAAACCAUUUGGGCGAAACAAGCCCUCCCCUACUUACCCAAAUGGAUCACAGAAAACCCAGCCAAUACAAGAAAAAAAUACUCCUCAUGUGUAAUACAAAUCUGGCAGUAGAUAAUAUCCUACUGAAGCUGAAAUUCCAUUUUGAUUUUCAUGAUUAUGCUAGAAUUGGAAAUAUAUUUGAAAUUAAUUUUUUUUUAAUAACAAAUUUUAUUAGUAUAAAUUCGAAUGAAGAGAGGAAGGCGAUCGAGGUGAAGAAUUACGUACAGAGUCUUUCCCGCUCCGCUAAGUGUACACCCACCAUUAGUAGUGACCCUUCCCUCAGCGAGAGUGUUUCACCUACCCGGGCUGAACCCAAGCUGCAUAAAAUAAAAGACAUGGACAAGCUUAUUGAAGCGUUGAUGAAGAGGAAUAAUUUCGUCUUCCGAAACAAGUACAGGAACAAGAGGGUCAUAGCAGGUACAUGUAAAAGUCUUCAAAUAUAUGAAAAACUAACUACAAUAAAAAAAAGCAUUGAUUAUCUUAUAGUAGAUGAGUGCACCCAGAUAGAUGAGCUGACUCUGUUUCAGUUUUUACUCAAAUUUGAAAUUAGAAAGUUCCUCCUCAUUGGGGAUGUGAAGCAGUUGGGGGUUGUACUCAAAAGUCCAAGUGAUUUGAAAAGAAGCAUGUUUUCGCGUCUGGUCGAGAAUGAGCUCUUUAUAAAACACCACUUGGCAGGAAUAGGGGUUGUAACGAGGGACCAGGGUAGUAAUAAGAGAGGCUCUCGUAUUGCAGAAGACGCGGAGGGUACUGAGGAAGGGCCUAUCGAUCGCAUCGUUCACCGUGUGAGAAGCAUGAGAGCAGCAGAAUAUUCCGCCCUUAGAAGUUACCUAUAUGAUAAUAUGUUCGCUCUUCAUGGAGGGGACAACCAUACAUAUGAAGGGGAGGAUAUGAAUGAGGAGAAUCCUUCACCACGAACGACGCUCUGUACAGAAACGUCCAUGCAGAGAGUAGUAGCACCACGUGCAGGUAUCAAUCACCUCAUACUUAUGAAUGAGCAAUUCAGAUGCCACCCUGAGAUUAGCUCCAUAUGCAGCCACCUCUUCUACAAUGGUCUAAUAAAAAAUGCAUUGUGCACAGAGACCAUCCCACUCAUGUACAAGCGUUACGAAUCUCAUGUUAAUUUUAUUCUAUUGAAAAAUGCACCUCGAGAAAUGACCUUUCAGUCAACCUUUACCAAUGGAGAAGAGGCGAAAAUCAUUUUGGCGCUCUGUGAGAAAAUGGUUGGGUCUUCUUCCAUCGACCCUGAACAGAUAGGAAUAAUUUCCUUGUUCAAAAACCAAGCAUUUUAUAUUAAGAAUAAAAUGAAGCAAUCUCCUUAUUACGAGCGCCUGCGAAAUGUGAAAGUCAACACUGUGGACUCCUUCCAGGGGAUCGAGAAGGACAUUAUUCUCUUUUCCUGCGUCCUGGGCGAGGUGAACGGAGUAAGCAAACUUGAAAGAGUGCGCCACGAUCACACCACUGACUGGCGUGAUGACUCCUUCCAUGCGUUCUGUAACAACAGGAACCGCAUAAACGUUGCGCUCAGUAGGGCGAGGAGCCAGCUGAUAAUCGUCGCCCAGAGUAGCUUCGUGGAGAGCAAUCGGGUGUGGAGUUACAUCAAAUCUCGCGCAAAGGUCUACCACUACGAUUGA